GAAGUAGUGAGUUGGAAGGCUUUUUACUUUAAACAUAAAAGGUGGCAAGAACAACGUGUCAUUCGGUAGAAGUCAGAGAAACGAUCUGUGACAGUGUAUAUUGUUAAUCAUGGUACUCGAUUUAGAUCGUUUUCGAGAAAGUAAAGGUUUCGACCCGAAUAGAAUACGGGAAAAUCAAAAAAACCGUUUCAAAGAUUUAUCUUUAGUGGACACUGUAAUUGAAAAGGAUACGGUAUGGCGUCAGCUGCGACAUACGGCUGACACUUUGAAUAAAUUAAAAAAUGUAUGCAGCAAAGAAAUUGGAGAGAGAAUGAAAAGAAAGGAAGCUGUACGCGAUGAUGACAAAGUCCCGCAGGAUAUUUUGCAAAAUUUAUUAAGUUUAACACCUGACAACUUAAAAUCAUUUACAGUAUCUCAGAUUAAAGUUAUUUCUAGUAAUAUUGAUCAUGAUAUAUCGGCAAACGAGAUGCACAUGUCUUCGGCUGAAUCUGCAAGAAAUAGUGCUCUGAAGGAAAUAGGAAAUUUUUUACACGAGUCUGUACCGAUUAGCAAUGACGAAGAAGAAAAUAAGGUUGAGAGAACUUAUGGAGAUUGUACGGAAAAGAAGAGAUACUCGCACGUCGACUUAAUACAUAUGAUUGAUGGAAUAGAUAGGGAACGAGGUAUUAAUGUUUCUGGCGGACGUGGUUAUUUUUUAGUAGGGCCAGGAGUGUUUUUACAACAUGCACUGAUACAAUUUGCUCUUAGACAGCUGUUUGCAAAAGGUUACAAACCACUCUAUGUACCAUUCUUCAUGCACAAAGAUGUUAUGCAGGAAGUUGCUCAAUUAUCUCAAUUUGACGAAGAACUGUAUAAGGUGGUCGGUAGGGCUAACGAACAUACCUGGGGUAGCGCAAUUGAAGAAAAAUAUUUGAUCGCUACAUCCGAACAACCGAUAGCUGCAUUUCAUCGAAACGAAUGGAUUCCUGAAAAUGCAUUACCGAUUAGAUAUGCCGGGUUGUCUACGUGUUUCAGACAAGAAGUUGGAUCUCAUGGGCGCGAUACAGGAGGCAUUUUUAGAGUUCAUCAAUUUGAGAAAGUGGAACAAUUCUGUUUGACAUCUCCGCACGAUAAUAAGUCUUGGCAAAUGAUGGAAGAAAUGAUUUCUAAUGCGGAGGAAUUUUAUAAAGCUUUGGAGAUUCCCUACCGUAUAGUAAAUAUAGUAUCUGGCGCACUAAAUAAUGCUGCUUCAAAAAAACUAGAUUUGGAAGCAUGGUUUCCAGGAUCGGGUGCCUUCCGUGAACUAGUAUCCUGUAGCAAUUGUCUAGAUUAUCAAGCAAGGAGUUUAUUAAUCAGGUAUGGUCAAACUAAAAAAAUGAAUGCUAAUACAGACUACGUCCAUAUGUUAAACGCAACAAUGUGCGCGGUCACUCGCGUCAUAUGCGCGAUCCUGGAAGUGCAUCAAACCGAUACUGGCAUUAAAUUACCGAAAGUUCUAGCACAAUACAUGCCAACAGAAUAUGAACACGAAAUUCCAUUCGUUAAGCCAGCUCCAAUUAAAGAAGUGGAAAUGAAGAAAACAAAAAAAUCGAAGGAAUGUUAA